AUGCUAUCGUCGCCGCUGUUUUUAUCAUUGGCUUCUGUGUUCACGCUUCUCGGUUUGGCACUCGUCUCGAUUGCAGUCUCCACGGAUUCCUGGACCGAAGUCACAGUGAAUCGUCGAGAGAUCCUGAAUGCCUUCAAACGUGAGCCGGAAUUGAGCCUUCGAUUGCAAAACGCCUUCGGUCAUAAUGUUUUAUAUUUCUCGCGAACCUACGGACUUUUCCACACUUGCUUCCCAGACACCGUUCCGCAAGACAUUGGAAGUUUCUCAAAAUUCAACGCGCCCUGCAUUUGGAACAAUGAGUUCAAUCCACCAGAGGCGAAACGCGAACAUUACACCAAUGGCGAGUGGUAUCGCCUGUAUGCCUACAGAUCGUCCAUCAUUUGCUAUGCGGCAGGUAUUGUUGUCGUUGUUCUGAGUUUGAUCACCGGUAUCUUGGGAUGUUGGAAUCGCUCGCGAAAGCUCGUCAUCACGACUGCUAUUCUUCUCCUCAUUGCUGCGCUCGCCAUGUGCCUUUCAAUGAUUGGAUGGCAUUAUGUUGCCUAUAGCGAACGAUAUUCCUUGGACAUGGAGCCAUACUACAAAUCAUGGGAGCCGGUUCUCAAGCUCACAUCGCGCUACAACUAUGGCUGGUCGUAUAUUGUUUCCUGGGUUGGCAUCGCAUUCUUGAUGCUCGGCAGCGUGUUCAUGUUCUGGUCGUACGUCGCUGUCAAGAGAGAGGAAGAAAUGGCUUUGUCCGCGAAACAUGGCGCUUACCUGAUGCCAAACUAUUACGACAAGGGAGCUGGAGCAGUCGUCCCAUAUGGCUAUGGAACCUAUGGAGAUUAUGGAACCUAUCCAUAUUACAAUCAAUACAACACUGCUGGAUACUACGGAUACAUGACAUAUGGACGUUAA